AUGGCCGAGAACACGGGAUUCAUCAAUGUGCCCUGGCAGCAGCACCGGCUGGGCGGGCAGUACAAUAGGCCGUUUCCUUCAAUGAGCCGCCCGAAAUGCAUUGGCGUUUACAGUGUAAACGCUAGCCGGGAUUAUGUGGACGACGCUAGCUGCGCCAGCUACCUGGCUGGCCAACCGUGGCCACCGCUGCCGAUUGAUCUCAACGAUGGGAUAGAGGAUGUUAUCCGCAAGCCUUUCGAACACCCCAAACGGGAUCUGGAAACUAUGCUGCUCUAUAUCAAGCAUCACCAGAAGGAACUGCUCCGCCAGAAUAGCUCCGAUCCCAGAAAUCUCUUUCUGGGAACCGACUUUGUAACAUUGCGUGGUAUUUUGCGGCAGAUAAUGUGCCUGCAGUAUGAUACUAAUCGCACUUUCCGCAUCGAGGCGACUCUCCUCAACGGCACCAUCUAUAUGGCCAAGAACCCAACGCCAGAACAGCAGCAGGAGGACGAUAACAUGACCAAGGCACAGCUAGAUAUGUGCUCCUGGGGUUUCAAGUUUGAGCAGUACCUGACCAGUGCCCAGGCGCAGGGCAAACCGGUCACCAAUGUGCCGGUCAACGAGGCGGAGGAGUUUGUGGGCGUGUAUCAAGUGGACCUAGCCGGAAUUGGGAUGCUCUACGGCGCCGAAAUGGACUGUGUGGACAGCAAAAAACCAGUUGACUUCAAAGAUCCCAGUGUGCUCGACUCCUUGAAUUUCGUGGAGCUGAAGACCAGCGCCUUCAAUAUGAACAGACACCAAAUGCGCAGCUUCGAUGGGUUCAAAUCGGCCAACUGGUGGAGUCAGUCAUUCCUGGUGGCCAUCAAAACGAUUUACGUGGGACUGCGCGACGCCAAGGGCAUGGUGCAGAAGAUCGAUGAGAUCGAUGUGCGCACACUGGCCCGCAACAAGCCGUGGAAUCCAUCGGCAAUGGCUUGGUUCCUGGAACAGUUUUUGCACAAUCUUAAGAAGCUGCUGGUGGCCAUUAACGAUCCGUUUGCUGUGGUCCAGGUGACUUUUCGCAAUAAGCGCGCCUACUACGAAGUGCUGAGCGGCCCGGAACACCAAAUCCUGCCCGAUUGGUAUCGAGAAUUGCUCACGGCGGACACCUAAGAAAAGCAAGUCUGAUUUAACGUUAAUUUUUUUGAAUUAAUUGUUUUUUAAUGAUUGUAGUAGUAUACAGCUGCGGCUAAAAAAUAGCACGACUGCAGGUGGAAAGUUUAUUUCCUAAAAAAAAUUAUUGAAUGUUUAUUUUUUUAAAGUCAGAUUGCAUGAAUAAUAAGUACCAUAUGUUGUCUCUCUGAGCAAGAAAUUUUUACUCUCAAUGUAACGGUUCUUUUUGUUUUUAUAGAUAGAUGUUAUAUAGAUGGUGCCGUUGAGGAGAGUCGCCUCGAUGCGGAAAAUAAAAUGAUCCGCAACGCACUGCUGUUUGUCGAAAAGAACGAAACACGUGGAAGAAAGCCCUCAAUGUCCAACGUGGAGAUCCAGCGCUUGGUUUGGCAAAGCAAGAAGGAGCCUUUUAAACCGGCAACGGAACUGAAGAAGGAGCUUCAGAUAGCUGAAAGCGUGAAAACAGUAUGCAAACGCUUAAGACAAAA